AAACCCUUGGUCAUUCACAUGAUGUACAUGUAGAUUGUGAGAUCGUACGUUUACAUACGUGCCCCGACCCCCGUGCCGGUAGUGUGUGACCGUGAUUGCUACUCUUAUUCAGUCCCUUAUUCCAUAAAGAUGUCUUUUCACAAGAACUUGGAGCACAGAUAUGUUCCAGUUCCAGAGGACAAGCGAAUACAGACAUUACCCUUCCUGCUUGCGUGUACAGAUUCUAUUCUGCCUUUACUUGAUAUGCUCGGACCAAAUGCCUUUGCCUUUGUCAAAUCAGAUGUCAAUGGAAACAUUAAGAAAGUGAGGAAACGAUAUGAUGAAGGUCCAGAGAUAUACAGCACAUUAGCAGAUAUUAUUGAAGAAGAAGUCAAAAACGAUAGAGGUUUCAAGAGCAACUCAGCAACUGAGGCACUGCUAUGGCUCAACAGAGGGCUAAAUUUUGUGUGCAAAAUUUUGAAGAACCUUAUAGAUGGUAAUGUGAAAGACAACAGUGUCAUUCCUGCGCUGUCUGCAGCAUACAAAGCCACACUAGAAGUCUACCAUAACUGGCUUGUCAAGAAAACUGUGGGGGUUGCGUUCCAUGCGGCUCCCUACUACAGUGACCUCAUGCAGAAACUGGCCAAUGGGGAAUCAGAAGAGGUGGUGCUGAACGAUAUACGUGAAUACCAGACGUGCUUACAAGACCAGGUCGACACUAUAGAGGAGUUGUUUGUAGCCAAUGGGCUGGACCCAAAGAAAUAAUUUUUUCAUUCUGAAGAACCCCAUAAUGUCCGAUCUAAGUCAUGUAAGUGUUCAUGAAAUGAGUGUUUCACUGAAGCUUUUAUGCAGACACACUGUACGCUUACGGCUGACUUGUGUGAAAGCAACACACACUGUUUUUAAAUCCCUUGUUUUUUUUAAAUCCAUGUUUUACCUUUAAUUUUUUACUGUUUGCAACACCCAUGCUGUAUCCUGACGCCGAGGGCGCUGUUUCUGUGAUGUCACUGAGUAAAGUUGUAGCAUUUUCUGUAGCUGCUACAGGUAUCUGCCAAGUAACAGAACUUAUCAUGACUAACUUGGGCACAACAGCUCACAUGAAUAUGCCAGAUUGCUCAUUCCGUCAAAAUAAAAGUCGCUGUGAUUGUUCGUGAUUGUGACAUGUCCGAGCCAUUGUGUGCACAUGACGUGCCCACAUGUUGUCCCUCAUUGGCAGGCUAUUAAAGCCUUUAAUAAGGUGACAUCGGUUUAUACUUAAAUGUGUUCGUCGAUUUGUGCUAGACCCAAAGCAAUAUUUGAAGUUUGUUCGGAAAGUUUUAAAAUGAAGAUAAAAAUUGUACAUGCUUUUUAUUAGUGCUGCCAAAAUGUUGAGGUUGAAUACUUGGGUGGGUAAUAUCAAUGGGGAAAAGGGAAAAAAUUUUUUAAAAUGACAGCGUUGCAAAAUUGACUGAAAAAUUUCAAAGCUGUUUUAUGGGGGUUUAUUAGAACGAAGCGUCAAGCAUUCUUCAAAACAGUAUUCAUUGGUGUUUUUUUUUACCAGGAAUUGAACAAUUUUGCAACAAAGAGUUGAAUAAUUCUUAAGGGAAGUUUUGAGUGGUUCUGUUUGGACUCGGAUGUGUUCACUCUUUUGGGUUUCAAUUGUUAGUAUUGCUUUGUGUGAGGUAUGAGAUGUAAGGUUUUGCAAGCUAGGUGUGGCAAAGGUGACAGAGAUAAAUGUACAGUGUUGCAUGUGAUUCCUCGUUUACAUGUAUUGCAAUAUCAGAUACAGAUGUGGAUGGCACAUCACAUUUUUACUUGCAUGUUAAAUUUUUUUAAAAUGUGAUUGCUAACAUGUGUAUGACCCACCAUUUCAAAACCAGACUGAAAUGGGUAAUUGUGAUGUUUGACGAUUCCUCUCCCCAUCUUUCUUUUUACACUUCAAAGUCAUCCAUGUACAUGUAAAGUCUCAAUUCUUUCUGCAGAAAGUGUUACAUGGGGAAUGGUAGUUGUGGAACUGCCAUGAAAAUGUGAAGUGAAAAUUCCACUACUUCGGGGAUAUGAAGUUACCUAUUUCAGCCUGGUUUUGGGACCGGUGGGUCACAUCUUUUUCCCUCUCCAGAACUUGCGUUUUAAUCAUGUUAAAAGCCAAAUUUUACCCAUAAAAUUUAAAUAAACUGUUUUUAGGUAAAAAUCAGGGAGAGUUUUUUAGCCAGGACUAUAAAUUCUGAAAUUCAUAUCUUCUGAGACAGGAACAGUUAACAUUUGUAUUUUUUUCUUUAAUAAUAAUUUAUACAUGUACAUGUCAUUGUGUUAUGCAUAAGGAUUGAUCCAUCAUUGACAUAACCAUGACGUAACUGACUACACAUUAAGUAACCCCAAUCACCCAUAAUCCAAAUGUGACCCAAUCUGACGUGUCACCCGUCACCCCAGCCACUUUGAGUUUAAGCCUUUUUAAAGAAUCGUGUACUAUGUAAAUCUGCGUGAACUCUCAUCUUUUUUUCACAAACGACGUCCACUCACCAGGACGCCCAACUGAGUGAUGCUGCAACAUGAAGAGCCCUGUUUGCUUUACAAGUCAUUUAUUAAAGUCUAGGACCACCAAUACAAAAUGCAUUAACCUGAAGAAAAACCAAACUUAAACCAAUCAAUCAUGCCAACUGAUGUUUAUUUUCAAUGUGUACUUAGUACAGUGUACAUUAAUAUGGUUAAACAGCUAUUUGACUACAUUUCCAUAAUUUGACAUGUUAAAAGUCUAAUAUAUAGUAUGCCCUCCUUUAUUUCUGAUUACUUAGACUGGCCUUUUUUUAACCCAUGCCACACAAGACCUGCCUUUGCAACAAAGUUCAUGCAAAAGGGCUCACAGCACUACUCUGGUAUAGUCACCACUGUAGAAAAACAUUGUUUGUAAUCAUUCAAUGAAAUAAUGUAAGGCUGGGCCAGGGACAGAAAUACCAAGCAAAUUCCAGGUGGUCUUAAACUUUUCCAAAUGACAGUAUUUAGAUGCAAUGUAAAGCUACAUUACUGAAAAACUUACUUUAAUGCUAAAUAUGUCACCAUUUCAAAAACAUUGUAAAUUUCAUGUUUACCCCAUGUGACCCCAAAAUGAAUAAAAAGAUGCUGCGUUUCCCCGCCCACAAAAAAUCCCGUUUUGGCUGUUCGCACUCCCAGGUUGAUUGGAUAACAUCAUCGCAAGAAUGCUGACAUGUACAUUACGCACAGUACACGCAGUCUAGCAUAGCACGCUUGCAGUAGACCACAUUGUGUUUGAUGUAGCUUGGCCCACUGGCAAACACUGUCUCAGUUCAAGAAAUACACUGUAAGAAGUGUGUCUUUU